AGAAUAAGUUUUCGUAUGCCUUUCCGCAAGAGUUUCCCUAUCGAAUCAAUCACGUCCUCGAAUGCGAAUUCUAUCUCUUGGAAAUGAUGGAUUGCUGUCUAGUGUUAUACCAUCCCUAUCGCCCUCUUCUGCAAUACAUUCAUGAAUGGAAUAAUAAGGAGACAAUUCUUCCGACCGCUUGGAAUGUGGUGAACGAUAGCUACAGAACAGACAUCUGUUUGCUGUACGCACCCCAUCAGAUAGCGUUGGCAUGUCUUCAUAUGGCGUGUGUUAUCACUCAACGAGAUUAUAAGCAAUGGUUCGCUGAAUUGAACAUUGAUUUAGACAAAAUCUUAGAGAUUACGCGACAUAUUCUUAACUUAUAUGAGUUGUGGAAGAAUUUUGAUGAGAAAAAAGAGAUCCCAGCGCUAUUGGCAAAAAUGCCUAAACCCAAGUGCCAAACAUCGAGGUAAUUCUUAUCGAUUUCUAUUCCUCUAUUAGUUUAGACAAAUUGGUUUA